CACGCAACAUCAAAUCUCGCUUGACGAGUGGCCGUGGAAUAACUAUCCCAAUUACGUGAACGGACCAGCCUAUUUGAUGCACCGAACAUCCAUCCUUCCACUAUUAGCUGCCAUUCAAACGACGCCGUUUAUGCCUUUUGAAGAUAUCUACCUAACUGAAAUCUGUUCAGAAAAAGCCGGGGUGACAAAACAAUAUUUCACUGGAUCCAAUAGGUGAGUUGUGUUAAAUAUUAACUGGUCGUGGUCGUAUAAUGACAUAGUUUCACACAUUGAUUAAUUUCCAAAUAAAAUAAUACCUUGUAUGACAUUUGAACUAACAGGAUAACAGGAUGGUUUAUAUACGAAGAAUGCAGAGAUGUGGACCAAUUUAUGACUUGGAAUAAUUUCACUAUCACUGGUAUGGUAAAACACGAACAAAUCGACGAUUUCUAUCGCGGUUACCUUUCAUGCAAACCACAAGAAUCCACCCAAUUCAACUUCAGAAACUAUAAGUCUGUUUCCUAGAUUACUGAUAAAUCGAGUGAAAAUUUGAUCUUUGGUAGUUAUUCCAAAGAUUCUUUGGAAUAACUUUAUCUUCAGAAACAACAUUUCUUUUCCUAUCUUUGCUUUAUUUUGUGAUUGAAAAUUACCCCGAUUAGUGAUUUGAAACGUUUCCCUUAUCUUUUCGAGAAGAUUGGCCAACACAAUGAAUUGAAAUAAAAAUUCUAAUUACAAAUACCGAGUCAAAGCCGAUUCAUUUCAGAAAAAUCAUCCUAGUCAGGCGUGAAAACUCAAAUAUAAUUACUUUUACGUUAUGCAACGUCUUGGCAGAAAGAUUUUAACCAAAUUGUGGGACGAUUUUCUUUCAUGUGAAAUGAGAACUGUGACAUAGUAUAUGAGGCCAAAUUGAAUAAAGGAAUCAACAAUAAAGAGCCAGAAAACGGACUCGGUCAUAAGAAAUCCGAUUACAGCAACAAAAAUACUUGUCAUCAUAUGGUCACGGAGUCACGAAGCCAAAGCAAAACCAUUUGCGCCAAUCACGAGCAUCCACGAGUAAAAAGGGGGUGUAAAAAAUUGAAUAAAUUCUUUCAGCGUACCACAAGACAAAUCAGUUAGAACCCACUUCCUGACUACGACUGAUUGACCAAAAAACCAGUUAACAAUCCAAAAAGAGGUAAAUUUACUUGUCGAAUCAAAUGUUUCUUUUUCCGCGCUGUAACCCAAAUUUACUUUGAGAUUAAUUUUAGAGUUCACAAGUUAAGAUGAAAAUCACUGUAAAGAGAUUGGCCAUAUUCCUGACGCUCUUGGCAUUCGCAAAUUCGCAGCUGAUGGAUAAAAUGAAUAGAGCAAUUGUUGUAGAAUCUAGUGCUGAAAAAAUGAAUAGAGCAAUCGAGGCAGCCAAUGAAGAUAGAAAACUUUUGUACAGCCAGAUGGCUCCCGAUUUGAUCGACAUUCCUUAUCCAGGAGUAGAAAACUAUACGCACUACGCCGCGGCUCGUUUAGGGCUCUUGCUUGUAAAUGCUAGGCCGUUGAUGUCUGAACUCGGCCACGUAAUAAACGACGUCACAUCUUUCAAAUACCCCAUCGCCACUAAGCAAUGCGGGAACAUCGAUUCGAGCGUAAGAAGCGUUUUCAUUGCUGUGAUUUCGGCCACUGGCAAUUUCGAAAAACGAAGCAAAAUUCGGGAAACUUGGAAAAAUCACAUCGAUUUGGUCCUACAAAAAGGUCUGCUCGGCAAGAUUCAUUUCGGUUUCAUUUUAGGACAGCCAGAAAACCUCCAAGGAAAAUCCAAGGAAAUCCAAGAAAAAAUCCAAGAUGAAAACGAUAAUUUUGGAGAUAUCAUUCAGAUAGAAAUGAUGGAUUUUUAUCGAAAUUUACCGUUGAAGAUGGCAGGACUACUCAACUGGGUUAUCUCCAACUGCCGUCAAGUUGAUUUCGUGCUGAAAAUCGACGACGACAUGUACCUCAACGUACACGUUCUAGCCCAUUUCGUCAAAACCUACUAUGGGUCGGGCAGAAUGAAGAUUUUCGGACAGAGCGAUCAAGUCGAUAGCAAAUCCAACAAUUGGGGUCCAAAUCGAAGUGCCUCGCAAUGGAAAAUCUCGCUGGACGAAUGGCCCUGGAAUACCUAUCCCAAUUACCUGAACGGACCCGUCUACUUGAUGCACAAAACCGCGAUCGUUCCGCUUUUGGCCGCCAUGCAAACGACGCCCAUUAUGCCUUUCGAGAACAUCUAUCUGACUGGAAUCUGUUCCGAAAAAGCCGGAGUCCGGACGCAAUAUUCCUCUGGACCCAACAGCAUUGUGAAAGGAUCGGCUUUUUCUAGCAAUUGCGACGCGGACAAAUAUAUGACAUGGAACAGCUUCACUGGUGGGAUGCCGCACAGCGAUAUCGACAGCUUUUAUCGCAGUAGUUUCAGCUGGUAUUCAGUCUAUUCAUGGUGGCGUUGCACACCGAAAGAUUCUGUCCAAUUCAACUUUAAAAAUGACAUGUCGGCGAUUUAGAUGGAGGCGUGAAAUACGCUGGUCCCAUAACAACAUUUUCCUUUUUUAAUUCGGCAAGUCCUAGCUAUAAGAAUAAGAUUGGCUGCAAUAAACGAUUGGAUACCUUUCCCUUGCUAUUUCAAGAUGACGAUUUGAAAAAGUUGUUUUCACAAUUUCUAGAGGAAACAAAUAUAAAAUAAAAUUCAUCAACCACAAAUCUUGUGUUCAAGUUAAUUCAUUUAAAAUGGUCUGGCAGGAAAUGUCAAACAUUCAAUCCUGAACGUUGUUGUUUCAUGAAAUAGGUGGAGAUAACCUGCCAAUCUACUUCCCAAUUUGGUCACAUGAUGUGAAAGGUCUCGGUUUUUUCUGUUACUAUUCGGAUUAUGUUAUUGGAAGACGAUAGGGCUCAAGUAGUUCAGUUUUGUUGGUCAUAGCAAUUUUACUACCCAAGAUUUUAAACCAAAUUGAGAGUAGCCUUUCCAUCAGGUGAAAACGGGAAGAGAUCGAGUUAGUUCAACAAGAAAAAACCGGUUUUGCAAGCCGCCAAAUGAGCGAUUAAGGCUAACUUUAAAAAGAAAAGAAAUAAGAGUGUCUCCAUUUCAAAGAAAUGAGAUCGAAAAUUGGUUAAAUUGAGAUUUCCAUAGUAUGAGACCAUAAAGUGAAUGCAAAACUCGAUUAAAAUCACGGACGCGGCCAUAUAACACCCAGUUUAAACAAAAUAACAUUGCCGCCAUAUAAUCACGGAGUCACGAAGCAAAACCAAAACCCAGCGCCAAUCAAAAGCUUCCACGAGUAAAAAAUUGAAAAGGGGCAAGUGAUAUUAUAAGGCCAUUUCGGCGUACUGAAAGUCAGUUGUAAACCAACUUCCUGACUAUAAGAGUAUUCCGAUCGAGACCUACUUCCCCCAAAAAAGGUAAAUUUUUCAAGUUAAAAGAUUUUGUUUCUUUAAGUAAAAAAAAUUUCUGUGGCGGAAGAUUUUGCUAUUCAGAGGUGACUUGAUGAAAAUGAAAAUCGCUGCAAUGAGAUUGCCCAUAUUCCUGGCGCUAUUGGCAAUCGCAAAAACACAGCUGUCGCAGAAUCACUUUUACAAAAAGUUGAAUGUUAUCAAUGAAGAGAGACGAAUUAUUUCCAGCCUCGUAGUUCCUUCUCUGAUCAACACUCCUUAUCCAGGAGUGGUAAAUUAUACCCUUUACGAAACGGCUCGUUUAGGGCUGUUGAUAUCCAAUGCAAAUUCAAUUAUGCCUGAAUUCGGCCCAGUGCUAAACGCUGUCACAUCAUUCAAUUACCCCAUCACUAUUAAACGGUGCGGGGAUAUCGAACAGAGAAGGCAAAGUACUUUCAUUGCUGUGAUUUCGGCAGCUGACAAUUUUGAAAAACGAGAGAAAAUUCGCCAAACUUGGAAAAGUCACAUCGACUUCGUUCGGAAAUUCAAACUGUUCAAUAUUCAAUUUAGUUUCAUUUUGGGACAGUCUGAAGACGCGUUCACCCAAAGGAAAAUUCAAGAAGAAAGCAUAACCCACGAAGAUAUCAUUCAGAUCGAUAGGUUGGAUACCCACAGAAAUUUACCAUUGAAGAUGGCCGGAUUAUUCAAUUGGGUUAACACUAACUGCCCUAAACAUGAUUUCCUGCUCAAAUUGGAUGACGACAUGUACCUCAACGUAAACGUUCUAGCCAAUUUCGUCAAUACGUACCGUCAGUUAGGCAAAAUGACAAUUUUCGGUCAGAGUCAACGAACAGGGUAUCCCUUCAUAAACAACUGGGGCCCACAACGAAGCGGGAUGCAUGAAAUCGCUUUGGAAGAGUGGCCGUGGAAUACCUAUCCCAAUUACGUGAACGGACCGGCCUACUUGAUUCACCAAACUGCGAUCCUUCCGCUUUUAGCCGCCAUUCAAACGACGCCCAUUAUGCCUUUUGAAGAUAUCUACAUAACCGGAAUCUGUUCGGAAAAAGCUGGAGUCGUGACGCAAUAUUCAUCAGGAUACAAUAGCUUGAUAACAGGCCCGACCCCACGUAACGAAUGUGAUUUGGACAAAUUUCUGACAUGGAAGAGCUCCACUGGUGGGCUGUCGCACAAGGAUGUUGACAAUUUCUAUCGCGUAACCCUUCCGUGUAAACCGAGAGGAUCCCAAUUCAGCUUUAGGAACGACAUGUCUGUUUUCUAAAUCAAUCCAGGAAAGGUUCACCUUUCAGAAACGACUAGCCGACUACCUUACAAACAACGUGACAGCUAUCCCAAAUCGACAAUUGGAACAAGUUACCUUUCUUGAUAAUUGGCAAAUUCAGUUCAUAGAAUAUUCUCAAAUAACCCCAAUAAAACAGCAAACUUCCCUAUUAAAGCUUUGAAUUUUAAGUUUGAAUUUUCCAACUUCUCGUCUUUGCAAAACGAGAAAAAAAUAAAAAAACCCCGCUUAAUCAAUAAAAAUUAAUUGGCAGU